GGAGGCGGGCAUCGCGUCCAAACCCAGCGCCUGCGCGUGCUAGAGGCAAUCGGCAGCGGAGACAGAGUGUGCGGCCUGGGUAGCCGGAUUCCGUGACACCACCUGUGCCACGCGCUACCACGGCCUGCCCGGCAUGGAGGGCGAGUGCCGGGUGCUCUCCAUCCAGAGCCAUGUCGUCCGCGGCUACGUGGGCAAUCGGGCGGCCAUGUUCCCGCUGCAGGUUUUGGGAUUUGAAGUUGAUGCUGUGAACUCCGUGCAGUUUUCGAACCACACAGGCUAUGCCCAUUGGAAGGGCCAAGUGCUGAGUUCACAGGAGCUCCAUGAACUGUAUGAAGGUCUCAAGAUAAACAGCGUGAAUAAGUACGACUACGUGCUCACUGGUUACACAAGGGACAAGUCCUUCCUGGCCAUGGUGGUAGACAUCGUGCGGGAGCUGAAGCAGCAGAACUCCCAGCUCGUGUACGUGUGCGAUCCUGUGAUGGGGGACAAGUGGAACGGCGAAGGCUCCAUGUACGUUCCCCAGGACCUCCUUCCCGUGUACAGGGACAAAGUGGUGCCCGUGGCAGACAUCAUCACUCCCAACCAGUUUGAGGCUGAGUUGCUGAGUGGCAGAAAAAUCCACAGCGAGGAAGAAGCACUGGAGGUGAUGGACAUGCUACACUGCAUGGGUCCGGACACAGUGGUCAUCACCAGCUCUGACCUGCCCUCCACACAGGGCAGUGACUACCUGAUCGCACUGGGCAGCCAGAGAAUGCGGAAGCCCGAUGGUUCCACUGUGACUCAGCACAUCCGGAUGGAGAUGCGCAAGGUGGAUGCCGUCUUCGUGGGCACCGGGGACCUGUUUGCUGCCAUGCUUCUGGCAUGGACCCACAAGCACCCGGACAAUCUGAAGGUGGCCUGCGAGAAAACUGUGUCUGCCAUGCAACACGUGCUGCAGAGGACCAUCCGGUGUGCAAAAGCUCAAGCAGGAGCAGGACAGAAGCCCAGCCCGGCCCAGCUGGAGCUCAGGAUGGUCCAGAGCAAAAAGGACAUCGAGGACCCCGAGAUCGUCGUGCAGGCCACGGUGCUGUGAUGGUCGUGUACUCACCCCGACACACAGUGUGUUGGGGUCUCCGUUUCCAUCCCCCUGAAAGCUGUAACGUCUGCCUUAGAGCCAUGACUGAAACUUGACAUUUUGUUUCCCCCUGAGGGUCGGGUCUCAGCCGGUCUCAAUCCUGAAAAUGUGCCAUCAUUUUUUUUAAAAAUAAUAAUAACAAAGCAGUGACAGAAAUGUGAUCAGAAACAUGGCCCCUUCCUCCCCGAGGCCUCCUGGCUCCUCAUGUUGACUCACUGGUAUGUGGAAUGUGGGUGGAACAGGCAAGCCUGCUUGCUGCCUGUGGACCGUUCUGUUGGUCACUGGCUGCCACUGCCCCCAGAACCUGGAUUGAGCUGAGAAGAGGCCUGUGGUGGCACUGUUUUUAAAAUUGGGUUAGGUCUUGGCAUCUGGAAGAAUUAUGCCAAAUAUCUUCAUUGCCAUCGGGUCUUACCCUUGUCCCUGCAUUAGAGUUUCUGUGUGUCUCUGCUGCUCUUGGUGUCUCUGAGGAUGUCGGACUUAUGCAGCUGUUGGACUGUGUGGGCGGGUUCCAUUUUCUCAUGCUUGGGUAUGUGCACAAGCAUGUAGUCACUGUGAUAGGGACCUUUUAAGGGCCCCAAACAUUCUGGGGACCCUGCAAGCCCUCUGGGUGUCAGCAGGAGUUCCUGUAACUUGGGACCAAAUUCUGGGAAAGCGACUAACAUAGAGGUCAGCUGUUGAGCCUGCGGUGGCUUGGGAAGUUCCGGAAAGGUUGCCACACUGGGCUCCUGUGGGAACUCAGCCAGUCCUGCAGCUCUGCUCUUGCCACAGUCUGCCAGGCACAGUGCAUUGCUGUUUGGACAGACAGGGAAGGAAGGGCAGAGGGAGCACUGCCCCAUACUUUACCGCUGUUUCCUCCCCCGAUUUCUGUAUUCUGUGCCCAUCACAUGCCCUUAAGUGAAAUCAGCUAACUCUCUGCCUCCUUGGAAGCUGUGCUCCUAUAGAGAGCAUAUUGGCACUGUGGGGGCAGGGGCAGCCCUUAGACUCCUGCAAGUGACAGUGACAUGUUCCAUUUACAUUGUUCAAGGGUGGCUUUCCUGGCUAUCCAUUCUGGAAUUUGGGGUCCCUAAGUCAUAGCUGUGAGUGGGGCUCUUAUUUCUGUCUCAUCUCAGCACCCACACCCAUUUCCCUGUCCCUCAGUUCGUGACAUUUGCCUCUUCUGAGAAGCCACUGCCUAUGGAGAGAUAGGAGACUGGAAGAGGUGGGGUCCAUGUUGGCAUAGGUUCCUUGGGGUGCCUGGCUGCAGCCCACUGGGGGGGGGGAGCCCUGAGAGCCACAGCCACCUUAGCAUAGUCUGGUGUUUCCCUUCCCCGUUAGAAUGCCCUAGAUGCAGGAGACACUGAUCCGCAUGGGCGGGCACUAGUCUGCCUCUGCUUCCUCCCCAGCCCACAUCCUGAGCUCCUCAUCUUUCUGGUCACAGCUGCAGGAUGGCUCAGCAGGUAAAGCUGCCUGACAGCCUGAGUAACACACAUGGUGGAAACAGAGGCCUCGUCCCUGUGAAUUGUUCUCUUACACACACACACACACACACACACACACACGAUAAAUGUCAUUUUAAAAAUGAUUUUGUUAAUCAGUAUCCUAAGCCAGGUUUAGCUAGCUCUCUGGCAUGUGUUUCCUGGUCCCAGUGCCAGCGUCUGAACCCCAAACUUUGCUGACCAGAAAGAGGAGACCCAUGGCUAGCAGUCUGGAGGGACAACCACAUUCCCCUAAGUCACAGGAAAAGCCCUUCACUGCCUCACAGAGAGCAAGGACACCACUUUGCCAGCAAUAAGGAAAACUUCCUUUUUCCUCUCAGAAUAUUGAGAAUGGAUGGGAGAUUUGGCCCAGAGGGUAGGGGACUCGCCAUGCAGACAGGAAGAACCUGAGUUCAGUCCCCAGCACCUGAGUGUGGUGUGCAGUGUGCACUGGAGGACUAAGAACUAGGGAAGUGGGAACAGGAGAGACCCUGCCUCAAAACAAGAAGUGGAGAGCAGUAGACCCCAGAUGUUGACCUCUGGCUUCACACACACACACACACACACACACACACACACACACACAAUAAAAGGUAAGAGCUGGCAUAGGCGGUCCAGGGUGUGGUCAUGUUAUGUGUGUUGGCGUCUUCAUGACCACCCUCUGCAGCCACAUCAGGAGAGCCUUGGCUCUUGACUGUAGCCCAGAGCUAAUGGUCUGGGGAGGACCCUUUCUGGCUUUCACAGCAGGGUGAGCGCUCUCUCCUCAUGAGGACUUUCUCUCAAAUUCUGAAUUUAAUUGUGGUCUGAAUUGUCUUUCUGUGUGCUUUGGAGCCCAGAGGACAAGGAGCAGAGGCUGUGGUCCAGGCUUGUCACUAAGAAGAAACAAUAAGUGCUGUGAGUAAAGAAACAUCUGCAGCCUGCAUGCUGGCUCUGGUCCCUUGGUAUUCAGAUCAGAACUGGCUUUUACUUUCCCUUCCUGUAGUCUAGUUAUGAAAGGUAUAUUUGGAAACGAAGUGGUGUCCUCAUUGGGAGAGCCCAGUGUUUAAAGCUGCUUGAGUCUUCAGUGGGCGUGGCCAGGCCUGGCUUCACUCUGCUUAUGUGGAGUAUUGGAAGGAGGGGAUUGUGUGCCCUAUAGGCUAGCCGAGUUCCUGGUAUGAUGUCUCCACCCCCAUCUGGAAUAAGAGAAUAACCCUGAGUGUUAGAGGUUAGGCCCUGUCCUGUCCUUGCUUGGGAAGGCAGGGCCCUCCUGAAGGAGGCACGUGGGCCCUUGUAGCCCUGGGCCCUAUGCUGUGCCCCUGGGCGGCUCCUGAACACAGUGUCCUGUUCCCAUUGUUUCAAAUCUUGUCUGUAGCCUAAAAGUAUAGGAAAAAGAAGUGAAUGUAUCUUGUUAUUCUUUGCUUCCGUCCUGCCCUCUGAGGACAUAUCUGGUCUAGAGUUACACAGUUCUCAGGUGCCCGGUGACCCUGGCCAGACCGCUGCUUGUUCUGACUCUUUCCGUGCGCUUUUCUCUCGGGUCAAGGUAUCUAUCUUGGCCCAGACAGGGGACAGGCAAGGACAGACUUGGUGGUGGCAUCCAGAUUCCAUGUGCCCUCCAGAGGGUUCUGCAGCCCAGAGACCCCUUUCAGUGCUGUCCCUCUGCCACUGGGAAGCUUGUCUCCCAGCCAUCCAUGUAGAUACCUACAGUGGGAGUCCCUGGGAAGAGGGUCUGUCUGAGUGACAGAUGUCUGGUGACCCUCCAGUGGAUACCUCGGAAAGGUGUCCCCUGAGGAGCAGUUCUGGGAGGCCUGGUUCACUGUAAGGUUCUUCAUAGAACAGUGGGCUCUGUAGGGAAGGCUUGAACCUGGUCCAGCAGUCUGGGUAGAUGCUGCUGCCAAGGGGCCUUGAAUGAUGGAGGAGCGCCCUGGAGCGGAGGCACAGCUGGACACGUAUGUGCCAGUUCAUUCCUUUCCCGUACUUCCUGUGACAGCUUCAGAUGGCAGCUGGCAGGGCAUUUGCAGGUGCCAAUCUUGUGGAAUCAAUGUAGGGAGAUUUCUGCCUCCUCUUGCAUACUUUCAGCCUCCACCAGUAGGGGGCGCAGUGGGGCAGAGUGGUAUCAGCUGCCCAGGCAGAUGCUGGUGCCAACAGGUUAAACAGCAGUAGAUCUUUGUGUUAGGAUCCAGACUUUGUUGCUGUAUGAUGACACCUCAAGUAAGUAGGAGCGCACUGUGUCCCCAGUUCUUGCUUGACAUUCCAGGCAGCCAUGCCUUGAUCAGCAUGGCCUGACUUGACAGUUCCUAAAUUUGGGGUUAUUUUGAAAUGUGUGUGUCUCUUUGUUGACUCUGGUUUAUUCUUGUUGCAGACAUUUUCUGUGCAAAAAUUAAUUUAAAAUAAUGUCUUAUGCCAUAUUCUCUCUUCAUUGCACCCUAGUUUGUUUAUUUGCUUAAAACAAGAAUUUAAUGAGGAACUUUAAAUUGAACCAUAUUUAGGGUUUUUUUUUAGCUAAUGGAAAAAUUUUCCUGGCAUGGUGGUGCACACCUGAAAUCAGCUACCCUAGAGGUGGAGGCAGGAGGAUAGCUAUGUAUUAAGAGAGUAUCUGGAAAUGCACAUGUUUAUUCUCGGAUUUUCUUUCUUCUUUUCAAUUUCUGGUGGAAUAAACACUAUUUAAAGGCUUCCUCACUGUGUGAGUCAGGCAGGAGCAUGUCCUCAGAGCAGGGGUCUCCAUCUGUCUUACCCACCCUGACUGGAGCUGAGACCCGGGAACACCCACUUCAGGGUGGUGAUGGUGAGCUGAGCUUCCCCAUGCUGGCGUCUCCUCUUUUCUUCCCCCAGCUCACUGUGGGCAGUUUCUGCUCUUUCUGCGACAGGAUAGACAUUCCAGGUGGAAAAGGUCUCCCUAUAAGCCAUGGCCCCACCCUGCUCCUGCCAGCUCUUAAAUAGCUAGCUAUGGCUGCCUCUGCCCUGCAGCUUUAGGUGGAGGGACACAGAGUGGAGAGCCUGCCACUCACAUUUCUAUGCUUGGAAGCUCCCAGAAGGCCUUGGGGUGUGACCAUGACCGUGCCUCACUUCCCAUCCUAUAGAGCCAGCAGACCCCAUCAGGGCAGGCUGAGAUGCUGUGUAAAACUAUGGCCACACUGCCUGCCUUGCAGGGCUAGGCAGCUCCCCAUGAAGACAAGUGGAGGAGCCUUUAUCCUUAGUGUGACCUGGACUGGUACCAUGGAAGUCUCUGAGCUAUAUUCUCACCAAGGACCUGGUUUGUGCCUGACAUGAGAAGGGUUUGCUCUGGGGGUGACAAGACAAAUAGAAGACCCAUAGGCUUAGCACAUCCUUCUAGUAUCCCACAGAGCAGGAAGGCAGAAGCCAAAUUCCCUGAAAGCUCAGACCUGAUUGGUUCCCACAGAACACAUAAGAUCAUUUCUGGGUGAUGGGCGGUGGGAUGUCAGUGCUUUUGGAGAUGGUGGUGGAUUCUAAAUGAACAUAGCUCUUGAAGGAUGAAGCAGGGGUGACAUCCUGAGUGCUCUUAGCUUCAUAGCUGUCUAAUUCCUGAUCCAGACCUUGUCAGAAUUUCUCCCAUGUGUUGCAAACCUGGACCAAUCAGAAGACGGGCUGCUAUGGGGCUGGCCCGACCCUACUAUUUCUCCCCAGAGACCACGACCUUUUGGAAGCUCCUAGCCUUUAGAGCAAAGCACAGCUGGCCCACAGUCCCUGCUGCGCAGGGGGGACACGCUCUGGGCUCAGGUGGUCUCUGGCCCAAGUCCCUCAGCCCCAUGUACUGUCCCCUGUCAGUGUGUUUGUAGACUCGAGCACCUGUCUGUUUUGUGCUGGUCUGUUGACUUCUAUGAUUAUCCACAAAUAAAUAUUUUC